UGUAGACAAAAGCUGAGAAAUUAAUCAAAAUCAGUUUAAAAAAUUAAACAAAAUUAUAGUUAUUUAUCUAAGGAGUAGAGAGCUUGUUACGACUUUUAAGGACUUCCAAAUAUUAUUUGUAUAAAAGGAUUUUUUGAAUUGCAGGCCAAAAAAGAGGCAACGACCACUCCCUGAUUUUUCGUGGGAGUUUCUGGGUGGGCUUAAGAAAGGCAUUACGGGGGAUGCAGAGGCGUAGCAUCCGUUCUUCUUUUUUCUUUCCGCCCGGAAAAUUGUUGCCAACCCGAAAAGCCGUAAAAGUUGGGAGAAAUGCCCAAAAAGUUGCACCAAAAAGAAAAAAAAAAACAGCAGAGCAGCGCAGCCGAGCAGCAUCUUCAUCAACAACCCCUAAAUAUAAUCCCACUGCAUUAUCUGGGCAAAAGGGGCCUGCAUAAGGAUACCAAAGCAAACAACUAAAUCCACAAGGAUGACAAAGAACCAUGAUGAAUUGCGAGAUUGAGGGCAGGCCAUAGCAGAGCAGAGCAGAGUAGAGCAGAGCAGGGACAGCUGAAAAAUGCCAUUUAAAUGCAGUUUCAGUUCAGAAAAGGUCCUGGGGGGCACCUGGGAAUCUCUCGCUAGGGGUGGCUCUCGCUCUCUCUUUCUUUCUCUCGAGAAUCUCACGUUUCUGCAGUUCGCUGGCAAUGAUGAUGAUGGCCUAGCUAUAUGUGAUUUAAUCCGCAAGUUAGGGGGUGAGAUGCGAAACUUGCCGGCGUGCUAUGCACAUGCUGUUGCUAUUUCAUCAUUGCCGUUCUGCUGUUUUGGGCUUAUGCCCCUGUCAGCGAGGAUCAAAGCAGUUUUUGGGCGUUUCUCGGCAGCUGUGUGGCUGUAUGCGUGCGUAUGCGUGUGUAUCUGUGUCCUGUGCCCUGUGUCCUUUGCCUAAAUACUUCGAAAUUGGCCAAGCGUUUGUUGUGCAAAUUCAAUUGACAACGCUUAGCUGUGCUUGAGGUAGCCAAACUGUUUCAACAUGCGAAAAGGGUUCAUCUGGCCAUCAUCCUGUUCUGUGCAUCCUUGCCGUGCCAUGAUUAAGGAUUAAGGGUUGCUGCAUUUAAUAUGCACCGACGGAUGUGAAGUGCUUUCGUUUGAAGCGAAAAUGUCACAGUUGACAUGCAAGCCAUAUGAGUUGGAAUACUUAAUUCGCAGAGGAUUACUCAUCUACAUUUCGCAGCAUUUCAUAGGGAUUAUCUACAUGAUGCAUAAUAUCUUCAUAAUAAACAUGUUUAUUUGUACACAAAUGAUCAGUAUUUUCAUAUAAAGUGCCCUUUAUUAAGAACGACGUCAUUUCACCAAAAUAAACUUGUCAAUGAGUUGAUUUAUUUUUAGUCUUAAAUCUUUUCUAUGUUGCCUCACAACCUAUAUAUGUAGAGAACCCCCCAUUAGCCCCUUUAAAUAAUUAAUUGCCACAACAAAAUAAUAAAAAAAAAACCAGGAACAAGUCUCGUACACGAAAAAAACAAUAAACGGAAGCUGGUGAUAAAAAGUGCGGAAAUUACGUUGACCUAAAAAUAAAAUUGCCAACCAAGUUUGCCGGCAUUGCCACCUAGACUCACACACACACACAUUUUUAAAAAAAGGGUACAAGAGAAAAAGAGAGAAAAAAGGAUACAGAGAGAGAAAGAGAGAAUGAGGGCAGGAUACGCACUUGCACUCGUGCACCUCAAAAAUGAUGAAAAGGUAAACGCUGAACUCACACAAACGCACACGACAUCAAAAGACCCGGCGUAAGUGGCAGUGGAUUCGUCAGGGAUAAGAAGGAUAUAUGUAUGUGGACAAGGGUCCUUUCGAGGCUGGCUGUGCACGUAAAUGCGUGGAAGAGCUAAAGAGCUGAAGAGCCGAAGAGUUAAGGUAAGUGCUUCCCAGUAACCACCAACGACGUGUCCUCCACCCACAGCCAUAUGCAAAUUGUCGGUGCUUUUGUGAGCUUAUUAAGUGCUUGAAAGUGCAUUACAAAAAAAAAAAUCAUACACCCACACGCAGUGGAGAGGAGGGGCUGCACGGGGGAAUGGGGGUAUGGGGGAUCAAGGACCUGCAGCCGGAAAAAUGCUUUCAAGUCAAGCCACUCGGAAAUGAGAACCCGGCGACGGCUGCUCCCUUUUCUCGCUCUCUUACGCCGAAUGACAGCAUCGAAAUGAGCGACUACAUAGAGAGAAAAUUCCAGUCAAAUGUUGUAACUUCAACGAAAAAGAACCAAACUAUUAGUAAAGUAUUCCUAAAAGAACAGUCAAUUUACACCAUUUAGUAUAUGUUAAAAUUAUGCAAAUUAGGUUGUGCCCUGAAUCAAACAUAUCAAACACAAUAGCUCCGCCCAACACACACGAGUGUGGCUUUCAAAACUUACAACUUGGGUGCAAUUUGCUAAUUAAAAGGUGUGACAAAAGUGGGGCCAGCGCCCACAAAAAGUCUCAAAUUACCGAAAGCAUCCUUCAACAAGUAAGUGACAAGGACAGUUGGCCAGGAGUCAUAGACCACAACCCAGAUGCUUGCUCAUUUGCAUACAAUAUCCUCUCAGGUGAAACGGCGAGUCCUUCGUGGUGGAGCAAGAGAUGCGGGAGGGGGGAGAGGGGUAAAGCGCCAUUGAAGACGCCACUUGAGGAUGUCAGACAAGCCAGACAUCGCUGGCAAGUGGCCACUUAGGCGACUGAAGGACUCUGCAGAGCCGGAAAUUCCUCUUGGCUCCCUGAUUCUCUCAGGGAAAUUAACAAACAGGAUGCUUGUACUAACAACUUGCAAAUAGAAGUAUUUACCGAAAGUCCGCAGAGCUGUAUAGUACUUGUCCUAAUUACAACUACAGCAAUAAUUAGCAUUUCGGAGAAGAGCACUAGCUUAGAUUAAAAGAAAAACAUAUUUAGUCCUUUCAAGAAUUUAUAAACAAAUAAUAGGAUAUCUAAGUAACCAACAGAAAAUCAGCGUUAAAAAUAAGGAAUAAAGGACACCCAAAAAGCUUAUAGAAAAGCUCCAAGCCUUGCGAGCUUAUUUGAAGAGCUUUUUUCUGAUAGGGAAGCUUACUUCCAGCAAGGAUAACAAAAAUCCAGUACACCUAACCAAUCAAAGUUCAGAUGCUUUUGAAGAAGCUUUUAGUAGAGCUUUGGUAUCCGUUGUUGGAUAAAAGGACACAAAAUGUAAGCUUUAACAGAUGCUGGGCAGAGUUGCUACAUUAAUUUAACAUUUGCAACAUUAUUUUUGUUUUAUAUAAAACUAAAUAAUAUUGGGGGAAUUAUAAAUUGAAAUAUUGUUUACAUAUAUCUCCAAUUUCUAGCUCAGCUUUUUCGUCUCUGCCUUGUUUAAUUUUAAUGCAAAAUAUUCUAAUUAAAAUUUUAAGCAACGGUUAUCAUUUGAAUUUCUGCUCCAAAACUAACAAUGAUGAAUUUAUUUAUAGAAACUCAAAUAGCCACUAUAGUUCACUUUUUAAUAAACAAUUUGAAGAGGCACUUCCGUUGCUAGUCAUCAAAUUUGAUGUCAAAAGCCUCACUCAGCCCUAACUGAUGUAACAAAUUCGUUUAUGCCGCUCAUUGUUUGCCCACAACAGCAACAAAGCCACAAAGGGCGUGUGCAUGGGGAAUAUCUCGCUGAGUCAGCAUCUUUGAGCCGACGCAUCCUGCUUAUGCUCGCAGGAUGCACUGCGACAAGUGCCACUUGAGAAAAUGCUUUUUUUUUAGCGAUGGGGUACGCCCAACCGCCGGCAUGAAGGGUGCACGGCACACUCGACUGGUAAAUGCUGACACCAAAGAGCGGCUCAAGUAUUUUGCGGGCAAAUAGUCCAGAGGACGGGACACUACACCCAUGGACACCCAUCCGGCUCCAUCCACACCCAUGGACACCCAUCCACAUCCUUAAACAGUCUGAAUAUGCUCGUAAUAAAAGUCACUCGAGUGACAUUUUUGAGCUUGCGGCCAUAAAGCAAAAGGCAAACAAAGCUCAGACUGCCGGCGUUCCUUUUCCAGUUCGCUGUUUUUAAUCGAUUAUUGUCGCGUUAUUGUUUUUUAUCCCCCCGCCCAUCUCGGCGAUGGAAAACAAAUCCUGUCUGAGUGUCGCAUUGCAACAACAAUGGGCAUGCUGCGCAAAAAAAAAUGCAAAUGCAAAAGUCCCAGCACAAAAGAUUGUACAUUGAACUUGUGCCGUAUCAUCAUCAUCUCUUUUGGGGGCGGAAGUGAUUUCACAGGACGAAUUGAAAUGUCCUCGCAUGCUCCGUGACAUCAUAUUCAAUAUACUCGCACAUAAUCCCGAUAAGAACGGGGUCUGAGAUAUGGUUACCUUCGUUUAUCUUUCCCUGCUCCUGGGGGUUUGUUUUUUUUAUACCCAACAACACGCUGUUCUCGUUGUUUUCGUCACGUUUUGCGAUCGGCGAUAAACCCAAUGGAAAACAGCUAUGUCCUGCAGCAGGUCCUUCGUCGACGCUCCUUACUUUGCAGGCAAGAAAUGCACGCGCCGGAUGUCGUUAAAAUGGCGACCGCCACUUCCGGUGGGCGGAAUUCGCGGAAAUAUGUGAACUUACCUGGAAAGUAAACAAGCAGAAAUGUGCAAAUUUUCGAUUAGUAUGUUUAUGCCGCAGGCUUAGGAAAAUAUUUUUUUUGUGGGGAAACGCAAUCACGAGAUUGAGAUACAUAGUGUCUUAAAUAAGAAUGAAUCAGAGAAUGUUUAAGCCAACGUACAAUGUAUUUAGUUCCAUAAAAUCAAAAACAUUAAGAGCACGUGUUAAAACGAUUUAUUUUAUCAUCAGUCAAUGGCGAAAUGGACUUUUAAAGACUUUGGUUAUUUACUGCCGUAAUGAACGAGUAUUUGUGUUAUUUAACAAUACUUUCUGAAAUACUUUAGGCCAGUUUAUUGACCUAUCCCAAAAAAGAUUGAACUCCCAUCGCCGUGUGCUAAAUGGUAAAAUAACUUGGUCAGUGGCACAGAUGCCUCUCUUGCACCUUCUGCCCCUUUUUUCAUGUCCAUUUGCUACCAGAACUUUUGUUGACCCAACAGAUUAGCAGCUAAUGGGAAGGCACUCUUCCAGUAAUUCCCGUCAACUCAGGCAUUAACAAUUACCUCUCGUUAAGAGAAAUUGAAGAAAUUGAAGAUGAGAGUGGGAAAAAGUGUGAAGUUCUGCAUAUUAAUAAGCCGAAAAAUGAAACUGGUCAAAAUAUGCUGCUAAAUGUCUGACUUUCGUUCAGUUCGAUUCAGUUCUGCAUGCCAGUUGGUGGAGCAAAGAUCAGAUUUGGAAAAUAUGGCAAAUGCUGGACAUUUGGCAGUCGUUUUGCAGGCAGUUUGUUUGUGGCUCGCUGCAGCAAAGCUGAAAGCGUCUGAUUACAGGCCAGGUUCUGAGGACUAUAAUGUCGCUGCAGACAACAAUCAAUUGCAGCCGGAGGAGAAGCUGAUGACUAUGGCGAUGAGUAUGGCGAUGGAUAUGGCGAAGACGAAUCGAAGACCCGCAGUGCAAGUAAAAGUGGCAAAUGAAGUGGAAAGUGCCCUCAGAAUGGGAACAAUGAUGAUGCGGAUGAGAAAUCGGGGCGGUGAGCGGUGGCAGACGAACUACUUUGACACACAAAUGCCACUGCUGUCGUCUGGCCUAAUGAGUCCCGGCCUGCUGCCAAUAUUGAAUGAACAGUCGGUGCAUCAUGGGCAGUCUGGACAGCAGGAGCCGUCAAAGAGGCAUUACUUGGCCCACGGGCCCAGUUCGGUUGAACAGCAAUUACUCCGCCUGCAGCCGGACUACAAAUUGCUGUACAGCGCCGAGCACCACACCUAUUUCCAUCUACACACCCAGAUCCCGCAGGACAAUGCCAGUCGCCAGACAGGAGCAUCGAAACAUAGGACAUCGGAGAAGGCAUCGCCAAAUCGCAGGCUAUUCCAGCAGGUUGUGGGCAACACGCUGACCGCCGCCUUUGGCCUGAAUGUGAUGAACAAGGGCCAGGACCAGGAGCAGAGCCAGCAGUUCACCAGCGAACCGGUGCAGCUCUACGAUGCCGCCUCGUUGCGUCGGUCUCGCUUCAGUCCCUUCAAUCCCACCAGAAUCCUCAUUCACGGCUGGCUGGGCAAUGAGAAUGCCAACAUGUACAACGAACUGUUGCCAGCUUAUUUUGGGCUCAGAAAUGGCAACUACAACAUCUUCACCGUGGACUGGGGACGUGGUGCCAUAGCGGACUAUAUAACGGCCAGUUAUAGGGUCAAGCCGGUGGGUCAGAUUGUGGCCAAGUUCGUGGACUUUCUGCAUCAGGAGGCGGGUAUGCGUUUCGAGGAUCUCCAGCUCAUCGGAUUCAGCAUGGGUGCACAUGUGGCUGGACUAGCUGGAAAGCAUGUGCAGACCGGUCGCCUACGGAUGAUCCGAGCUUUGGAUCCGGCACUGCCCUUCUUCCGGUAUGCCAAGCCAAAGGAGCGACUGACCCCGGAGGAUGCCGACUAUGUGGAGGUGCUGCACACCAGUGUGGGCAGCUAUGGAUUUGAUCGACCUGUGGGUCAUGUGGAUUUCUAUGCCAACUGGGGCAGCCAGCAGCCAGGUUGCUUUUGGCAUGAAUGCAGCCAUUGGAGGGCAUUUAUGCUGUUUGCCGAGAGUCUCGCUGGGGAUCAGGAGACGGGCUUCUUAUCCCAGGGCUGUCCAGCUGCUGAAUGGCAGCAGUUGACCCGAUUCCAACGCUGCCCAAAGGACACCGGAGUCCUGCAGACCAUGGGCGGGGAUUUGGCCAAUGUGACGGCGGAGUUCUUGGCCCAAAGACAGGGUGUCUAUUAUUUUCAAACAAACGACCAGCCACCCUAUGUUUUAGCACAAAAUGCCAGCACACAUAUGGAAAAAAUAAAUAGCGAAAUGGCUGAGAGAACGUAAUGAGCAAAAUGCAAGUGCAGUUCGCGUUUUUAUUUCUAAUUAGUAAGUGCAUGUGUACUAUAUAUGUGUAUUUGUGCUGUCCCAUUUCUAAAAGCCGGCUGGCAAAAUUAAAAAAUGCUGCCAUGUGUAAAAUGCUUUUCAUGCCAGUCGCAGGCAGUAAAAAUAGCAAAAAAAAAAGGGAGUAAAAUUUAUGAAAACAUCCGUGCCGGAAAAGGGAGGAAUAACACAAAAACUAAGCGUAGUUCAGUCUGGAAAAUCAACUAGAAAUAUGCGCGCCCUACGAAAAAUUCGAAUCGAAAAUGCUGUCUGACAGACAGCUUGGAAAAUUAAAAAAUUUCAUUCAAAAACUUAAGCUUGUUAGGUCUAAUCUUGUAAAAAAAAAUUAAGAGAAAAUAUAACAAAGGUACUAUGUUGAA